AUGUAUUUGUGUUUGAUGGAAGAAGCUCUCUUUGGUUCCGGAGCAGCCCUUAAGGCUGACCAGAAUCGAAUUGCUAGGCAUCAACCACCUUUGUAUGGUGUGGUAGGAAGGUUUGAAAGGAUAAAUGAGCACCCAGGUGCAGGGCCUCGUACGUUUUCCUUUGGGAUUUCUGAAGCUAUCAACACUAAUCUUGUGAUAGAAUUAGCAGCUGAUGACAUAGAAUAUGUUUAUCAGAGGAUCCCUGGGAAGAUUUUAGGUGUUACUGUCCCUACAUUUGAAGCACUUGCGCAAUAUGGGACUGCAGAUAUAAAAACAAAGAACACCGGGAAAGUGGAAGCAUCAUACAGCUUGACGUUUAAAUGCUCAAAAGGUGUGACAAUGAUGGAGGAACAAUUUUUUAUCAUGAAGCCUGAAGAGGUUGGUAAUCGAUCAUUCAAAAUCUAUCUAACUUCUGAUCAAGCUUCAAAAUAUGCAUGUUCUGCAAUUUUAAAAGAUUCAGAAUUUAAUGAAGUCGAUAGAGCUGAAUGCCAGUUCACCACCACAGCCACUGUGCUUGACAAUGGAACACAGGGAGCCCCCUUUCAGCCACCAAAGUCUGAGACAGCAAAGCUUAUUUGGAAUUAUCAAAGACCUAUGGAACAAGUUUUGGGCUGGUUUAUUAGACUUCAUCACAGGAAAGAAUUGCAGAAGCAAGUGUUCUGGGUUCUUCGACUUCCACUGUCACAUUCAAUAUGUGUGCAUGAGUUGGGUCAUCAUGUUUGGAUUAUUUUUGUCCAUCUUUCCCACAGCGCUUGUGCUUCUAUGGCUUUUACAUCAAAAAGGAUUGUUUGAUCCUCUCUACGACUGGUGGGAAGAUCAUUGCUGGGAAGGUACGCCGAGGCACAAGAAAAUUCCGAGGCAUAGAAUUCAGCAUGACCAUCACCGAAUUCAUCACAAGAGACACCGACCUCACCAUCACCG